AUGGAGAAAAACCAGCAGCGAGUGAAGCGGCGACUCGCGAGUGCCCAGAUGCCUGCUCAUGACGGCGUCGAGCCGGCGAAGCUCCGCGCGCCCGCCGCCCUGGAUCCGUGCUCGCCGUCUCUCAUGCUCACGGACUGGUACCAGUUCUCGAUGCUGUACGCGAACUGGGAAGCUGAAAAACACCACCAACAUGCCGUCUUUGAGGGGUUUUUCCGGAAGGCGCCGUUCCAGGGGGAAUUCGCCGUCAUGGCCGGCGUCAAGCAAGUCGUGGAAUUCAUUUCCCGCAUGCGGUUUACCGAAGAACACAUCGCGUUCUUCAGAACCCAAUUUCCGCACGCCAGCGAGGAGUUUUUUGACUACCUUCGGUCGGUCGACUGCUCCGAUCUUUGUCUUCACGCCAUUCCCGAAGGCACGAUCGUUUUCCCGAAGGUUCCUCUCAUCCGGAUCGAAGGCCCGCUCGCUAUUUGUCAGCUCAUCGAAACGGCCGUCUUGAACAUCCUCAACUUUGCCAUUCUCGUUGCUACAAAUGCGGCGCGACACCGCCUCGCCGCAGGCUGGGACAAAGUGUUGCUCGAGUUCGGCGCGCGACGGGCUCAAGGCCCUGACGGGGCUCUCAGUGCGAGCCGGUACGCCUACUUGGGAGGCUUCGACGGCACAAGCAACACGCAGGCUGCGUAUCUGUUCAACAUUCCUCUCAAGGGGACGAUGGCGCACUCCUUCGUCACUUCUUUUUCUUCCUUCGAUCAACUGAAGCGCGACUUGGUUAUGCCGCCGCCCACGCGAGGCGCCGGCGCGGGUGAGCAACCUGAGAAAGAAGGCGGCGGGGCGUCUGCGCCUCGCGUCGUUCUCGGAAAGGAUCUCAUUGAACAGGUGCUCAAGUAUCGGGAGAAAGUUGUAGCGCUGUGGCCAGCUGAGAACCUCGACUCGAUGAUGAACAUGGGCGAACUGGCGGCAUUCACGGCUUUUGCGCAAACUUUUCCCAAUGCGUUUCUGGCCCUCGUCGACACGUACGACACGCUCUACUCGGGUGUCCCAAACGCGCUCGUCGUCAGCGCCGCUCUGCUGGCGUGCGGCUACCAGCCCUGUGGCGUUCGCCUCGACUCUGGAGAUUUGGCGUGUCUUUCCAGAGACGUCCGGAGAUUGUUCCACGAGGCAGCUGCUGCGUUUGAGAUGCCCGCGUUGUGUCGGUUGAAAAUCGCAGCCUCCAACGACCUCAACGAGGUUAUCAUCUCUUCGGUCCGUGACGAGGGGCACGAAAUCGACAUCUUUGCAGUUGGGACGAACCUGGUCACGUGCCAGGCUCAGCCUGCGCUGGGCAUGGUCUACAAACUCGUUGAGCUCGAAGGCAACGCCUGCAUGAAGGUGUCUCAGGUCUUCGAGAAGGCGUCUCUUCCCUGCAAGAAAGAAGCUUACCGGCUCUUCACCAAAGACGGCUCGCCUGCAGUCGACCUUCUCCAGGAAGCAAAGGAUCCUCCUCCUGCUCAAGGUGAACGCAUCUUUUGUCGGCAUCUGUACGACGAUCGCAAGCGAUGCUUCCUCGUCCCCUCCAAUGUGAAGCGACUUCUGCAGCCUUACAUCUCCCGCGGCAAGCUCGUCGCGGAACCUCUCUCUCUUGAAGACGCGCGGGCGCAGUGCAUCAGUGGUCUUCGCUCCCUGCGGAAAGAUUUGACGCGGCUGAUCAACCCCACACCGUUCAAGGUGUCUGCCAGCGAGGAUUACUUUACGUGCUUCCACCGCAUGUGGCAAGGCAUGGCCCCCGUUCGGACCUACGAGUGA